GGCUCACUCGAGUCAAAAUUUCAGAGUUGACUUUGAGACAACCGGCUUCCCUGAAAGAAGUAUUCGGCUCCUUCACCCUUGAACUUCAAACAUCCCCUCUUCCACAACCGCGCGCGCAACUCAGACACUGCUUUCUCAGUUCUGUGAAUAAGCCGGAAUUAACUAUGAAGAAUGAGACUAGCGAUGGGAGCAAAAACCCAAAACCCAAGAUUUUGGGAGCAACCCCACUACAAAUUAGUGAAGACGACGCCGCACGGCUGGUGGGGAGCAUAGUCGAAAAGGGCUUCUCAGAUAACAAGCAAGCCAGGCCUUUGGGUCCGACUACGGCACCCCGGCCCACUGUUCUGCCUUUUCCGGUGGCCCGCCAUCGCUCACAUGGCCCACAUUGGGGUCCUAAAGUUGGAAACUUUAAAAUUAUCAACGAUAAUGGUGAUGCGGAUGAAGAUGUUGGAGAAGGGGAAGAUUGUGAUGGGAUGGAACUGGCUGCUGGUGUAGCUAAUCCUGUAGAAAGAAAAGAAAAGAAAGGUAUAGAUUUCAGCCAAUGGAAGGAAAUAGUGAAAAAUGACAGUAAUUCUGUGCUUUAUGAGAAGAAAAAGGAAAUGCAUUUGAAUGCGUUGGAAGUUGGCCAUAAAACGCAAGAAAGAAAGUCUGGUAAUUUAAACAGAGAAACUGCUGGUCCAGAUAAUGCCAAGCUGCAUGGUACUUCAUGUGUCGACAAUGCAAAAGAGCAUUUUAUGACAAAAUAUGACAAGGCUUCCUCGGUCUCUAAGGAGUUGAAGGAGAAAACUUUAGGCAUGUCAGAGAUGGCUAGUGACAAGGAGUUCCAUAGCUUUGAACAUGUCAAGAAUGAAAAUAUUGUUCAACCAGGCCAGUGGCCGCAGAGUGACAUUAAUAGAUCUGAGGACAUUACAUUGGUGGAGAAGGAGCCCAUGCAGAAUGAGUCGAGUAAGGAAAAACGAGUGGAUUUGAAAAUGCAACACAUGCACAAAUUGCAUGUGGCUUCUGGUUUUGCUGCACAGAAUGUAGUUGGUGGAGAAGGCAGUCUUGAAAGUCAGAUUGAUGCUGAGAAUCAUGCUCGAUUGGCAAAAAUGUCUGCUGAUGAGAUUGCUGAAGCUCAAGCUGAAAUAAUGGCAAAGCUGAAUCCAGAAUUGAUAAAUGCCCUGAAAAAACGGGGCCAAGCCAAAGUCAAGAGGCAGAAGUGUACUUUGUCCGAAAUUGCAGGUGGUGAAGCAGACGAUAUGCAGCGUGAGAAGAAUCUCUCAGAGUUGACAGCGAACUCUUAUAACAGUAUCUCUGACAAGCCUGUGGAAAAAGUUCCUCAGGACACACCAAAAGAUGAAGGUGAUAAAUCUUUCUUAAAUACAAGUCCACAGAACUGUGGCCUGUGGGAUGCUUGGAGCAAAAGAGUUGAGCGUGUUAGAAAUAUGAGAUUUUUCUUGGACGGCAACAUUAUUGGCAGUGAUUUUGCUCAUCUAUCGGAUAACGGUGAGGCAUCAUCUGCAAGUGGAUACAAUGCAGAUAAUGUUGCCGAACGUGAUUUUCUUCGAACUGAAGGUGACCCUGGUGCUGCUGGUUACACAAUUAAAGAAGCAGUGGCCCUAACUAGAAGUGUGGUUCCUGGGCAGCGGACUUUUGCUUUAAAUCUUAUUGCAGCUAUCCUUGAUAGGGCAAUUUGCAGCAUCUGCCGAAAGCAAGUUGGUUCUGCUUCUAACGGUACUGAUGCUGAGGGGUCUGUUGACUGGGAGGCUAUUUGGGCUUUUACUCUUGGCCCAGAGCCUGAGCUUGCUUUAUCACUUAGAAUGUCCCUUGAUGAUAACCACAACUCCGUGGUCCUUGCUUGUGCCAAAGCCAUUCAAAGUGUGCUAAGCUGCGAUAUGAAUGAUAUCGUAUUUGACAUCUUGGAGAAGGCACCAAAGUAUGCUAGGGAUGUUCAUACUGCACCUGUGUUUAGAAGUAAACAAGAUGUUAAUUCUGGUUUUCUUCGUGGUGGCUUUUGGAAGUAUAAUACCAAACCUUCUAAUAUCCUUUGUUUUCCUGAGGAGUCGGUGGGUGACACAGCUGAAGGUGAACACACUAUUCAGGAUGAUAUAGUUGUUGCUGGGCAGGAUUUUGCCGCUGGUCUUGUUAGGAUGGGGAUUCUUCCAAGAAUCUGCUAUCUCUUGGAGACGGAUCCUGCUGCCCCAUUAGAAGAAUGCUUAAUCUCUAUAUUGAUUGCCAUAUCAAGGCAUUCCCCAACAUGUGCUGCUGCAGUUAUGGACUGUGGAAGGCUUGUUCAGACAGUUGCUAGAAGAUUCGCCUCCAAAGAACAAAUGGAAAUCAAUUCUUGCAAGAUAAAAUCUGUUAUGCUCUUAAAAGCGUUGGCUCAGGUUGAGAAGAAGAAUUGCUUGACAUUUAUAAAGAAUGGAAUUUUCCGCCAGGUGACUUGGCACUUGUACCGACAUCCAUUCUCCCUUGACCAAUGGGUAAAAUCUGGGAGAGAGGCCUGCAGACUUUCGUCGGCUUUGCUGGUCGAACAAUUACGAAUCUGGAAGGUCUUCAUUCAUUAUGGGUAUUGCAUUUCUGACUUUUCUGACCUUUUUACUUCAUUAUGUAUAUGGCUUGGUGUUCCUACAAUGGACAAGCUAGUCAACUAUGAUGUGGUGAAUGAAUAUUGUGCCAUCACGAGAGAAAUGUACCUUCUUCUUGAUGUUUUAGCUGGUAGACUUCCCAAUUUUUAUUCAAGCAUGCAUGAAAGAUUGGACGACACUGCUCAAGAUAAAGCGACUUGGUUGUGGAGUCACUUUGGUUCUAUCAUCGAUCUAGCCGUUGAGUGGAUAGAUAUGAAAAGCAUUCCACAUGUAUCAAGACUCUUUGAAUGCCAAAAUAAAGACAGCAAAUAUCGCAGUUUGCAGGAUUCUGAAAUAAAUUCCUUGUUAUGGGUCAUUUCUUCUGUUCUGAAUAUGCUUUCCAGUGUGCUGAAAGCUGUGAUAAAAGAGGAUACUAUGAGCGCUCCAAAUGAUCAUUUGCCAUGGCUGCCUGACUUUGUACCUAAGAUUGGACUUGAAAUAAUUAAAAAUGGAUAUUUGAGGGUUUCAGGGGUAAGUGAUACAAUCUGCAAUAACAAUCUUUGGGGAAAUGGUUCCAUAGUUGAGUAUUUAUGUCAUUUGAGGAUUGAAAAAGGGCAAGAGUUGGCAAUAUCUUCUACAUGUUGCCUUCAAGGAUUGUUCCAAGUUGUUGCUUUUGUUGAUGAGUUGAUCCAGCAAGCAGACCUUGAGAUUCAUAAUGCACCAUCUAAAUUUCAAAGUCUUCCAAGGGAAGAUAAAGUUCUUGCCAAUGGGAUACUCAAGUCCUGUGCAGCUGAAGUACAAUAUUUGCUGACAACUUUAAUGAAAUUAAUCACUAAUGAAUGGCAAUACAUGCAGCCUGUUGAGAUGUUUGGGAGAGGAGGCCCUGCUCCAGGAGUUGGUGUCGGCUGGGGUGCCAAAGGUGGAGGGUAUUGGUCCUCAAAUGCUUUGUUGGCUCAGGAAGAUGCGAGAUUGCUCAUUCACUUGCUUGAAAUUUCUGAAAUUCCCUUUGCCGAAGAUCCAUUAGAAGCUGGAGGGAUGGGGCAUAGGCUAAAUUGUUGCCUUGCAGCUUGUCUAAUCGUGGGUCCAGGGAAUAGCCCUGUCAUCGAUAAGCUACUGAGGGUCAUAUUCCAUGUUCCUGUUCUGAAGUAUCUUAAUUUUGGCAUCCACCAGUUCCUUUGUCAUAAAGGAUACAAACCUUUUGGUUGGCAAUAUGAAGAUGGGGAAUACUUGUUGUUUGCUGAUGUUUUGGCCGCUCACUUUAGGAACAGGUGGCUUACUGUAAAGAAGAAACAAAAAGCCAUAGGAGAAAUCAAUAGUGUUAGCCACAAACCUGUGAAGCAAAACGGCCGUUCCCUGGAGACUAUUCAUGAGGAUAUGGAUGAACCAAACACAGCUGAUGAAGAGUCAUCUUCUUUGACACUGGAAUGGGCUUACCAGAGAUUACCUCUUCCUGUACACUGGUUUCUCAGUUCAAUCUCCACCAUUUAUUGCGAGAAGAACGUUUCUCGUCCUGGUGCUUCUAACAAAAAAACCUAUAUGGAGGUGCCUUCAAACUUUCUAGACGUUGCCAAUGGCGGACUCUUUUUUCUCCUAGGUAUUGAAGCUAUAACUAGUGUCCUUGGCUCUGAGUUCUGCUCUCCUGUUAAAUGCGUUCCAGUUGUUUGGAAACUGCAUGCAAUGUCUGUAAUAUUACUUUCUGGAAUGGGCAUUCUUGAAAAUGGGAAGAGCAGGGAUGUGUAUGAAACUUUGCAGAAUGUUUAUGGCGAGACCCUUGACGGAAGAGAAGUUGUCAAUUUGCAUGGUAACUUGAGUGUGGAGUCCCUGCAAUUUGAGUCAGAAAUCCAUGAGAAUUACUCUACCUUUAUUGAAACUCUAGUAGAGCAAUUUGCUGCUGAAUCUUAUGGUGACAUAUUAUUUGGCCGGCAAGUUGCAAUAUAUUUGCACAGAUCUGUUGAAGCUUCUGUAAGGCUUUCGACAUGGAAUGCCUUAUCUAAUGCUCGUGCUCUUGAACUUUUACCUCCUUUGGCUGAGUGCUGUAUACAGGCUAAGGGCUAUCUCAAGCCUAUUGAGGAUGAUGAGCGGAUCCUGGAUGCCUAUGUCAAAUCAUGGGUCUCUGGUGCCCUUGACAAAGCAGCAAAACGCAGUUCAAUGGCAUUCUCGCUAGUCCUCCACCACCUUUCAUCCUUCAUUUUCAGUAAUGUCGCUGGUGAUAUGCUCGCACUACGCAGUAAACUUGCAAAAUCUCUUCUACGUGACUAUUCUCGGAAACAGCAACACGAGGGGAUGCUGGUGAAACUAAUAUGCUAUGAGAAGCCUAACAUGAGCUUGCAGACGUGGUCACAAGUAGAAAAAAGGUUGCAGCUUUUGAAAGAAAUUUGUGAGGGAUACAUGACUGCAGUCCAAAAGCUUGAAUCUUGUAUCACAACAUAUGUAGACUCCAAGUCCAGGAACUUGUGAACCUGAACUUGUGCUACUCUUGUUCUUGUAUAUGCCUGAAGUUGAUGUGAUGGGAGCCACUAGCCAACCUCUGUUGCGUUUGGGUGGUAUUUAAUGAAAUAGCCCAAGAAGAUGUGUGAUGGAUAACUCGUGUUCGUUGGUUCCUUGUUUGAAGUAUAAACUACGGCCUGAUAUAGAGGAAUAUGGACUUAUUUGAAAUUUAAUAAAAGUAAAAAAAUAAAAAUAUAUAAAGUUUGGAUCAA